AUGACAUGGAACGCCGAUCACGCUCUUAUAAUCUUCUGUUCUUCGCAGAUAAAAGUCUCGCGAGCAGACCUGUGCGGGUCUGCACGUGUUGAAGAAGUAUUGCGGACAAUGGAUUUGGAGAAAUGUCAAAAUACAAUUAUUGGUGUACCAGGCAAAUUAAAAGGUAUCAGUGGUGGUGAAAUGAAACGUUUGACAUUUGCAAGUGUGAUAUUGAAUGAUCCUUUUGAAAUAAUUUUUGAAGAAACCAUUUUCUAGACUCAAAACACAUACCGUUGGAUGCGUCCUGGCGAGUACUAUCUACACACAUGAUAUGAUAUUGAAUGGAGGGAAAAAAUAAAACAGUGGUAUCCUCCCUAUGGAAAAAGAUUAAUGUGGCAGAGCCUGCUAACAAGCCUGCAGAUUCAGUUCCAGCAGACAAAAGUCUCCCAGCAGACCUGUGCGGGUCUGCCAGGAUGUUUCAUGCAAACCCGGACAGCAGCAACCGCGGAUGCAAGCGCAGUACCCGUCAGUGUUAUUAAAAUCAUAACUCCGCAUAUCAAAAAGUAGUUUCGCAUAUUCGACAUGAAAUAUACAAUACUCAGAAAUAUGAUAGUUAUGACGAUAAAGUAGGG